AUGGUCCUCAAUCCUUCGAGCCCGAUUCGAGUCUUUGCCUGGCAACCAGUCGUUAUCCAUCGAGCGACUCCGAAGACUAACAAAGAGGGAUCAAAAGCCACCACGGCCAAAAAGACCAACGAAAUGUCUGCCACCGAUAUGCCGAGAUCACGCUCGCCGACUUCUGGCUGGCGCGGAGGGGUUGCUCGCCUCGUGCGACCGUCCCAGGACCGACCACAUACGCCUCCCAAAGAGGUCAGUCGCUGGUCCAGAACCACCACAGAAUCGGAGAUAUCUGAUGCCUUUUUGGAACCCCCCUCGUCAUCGUCACCGUCACACAAGAGAAGGAGCUUCCUCAAGAAGAAAUCAAAGUUGAAGAGGCAAUCGAAGGACACAACAAAUUCAAGCCCAACAGACCCAUUCUACGACCCGGUGACCAGGCAGCUCCACUCGAUCGGGGACACUCCUCCCAUCCUUUCCAGCAGCCGAGAUGAAGAGCCUCGAGCGACGUAUGAUUCGGAUUCGAACGGUUCGUCUGAGCUCGACCCGACCAGCCCGAUCAUCCACAGAGCAAGCAGCGUCCGUGUGAGCAAGCCGCAUAUUGUGCAGCAUAGCAACAGUUCUGGCGGCUCGGUGCCCAAACUGUACGCUCCUCAAUCGACCCCGAUAUCGACGGAUGACGGACCAUCCAUAGCAAAAGUAUCGCAGACCUUGGGUGAAGCACUGAAAAAUCUCUACGAGCUGACACCAGCUGUUGAGAAGAGCGAGACGACUGUUGUUUCAGGUGGUCCCAGUGAAGCCCUCAAGGCGCUCGAAGGCCAAGAGGAGCCGCAAUCAACAGGUGACAAUCUCACCACCCUCCCACAACUUCCUGUCGAAGUCAGUACCGAGCCGCGUGACACGAUGAAAGAAACCAUCCUCGAGUGGCCAGACACUCCCAGCCGUAUUGAAGCGCUCGAUACUUUGCCCACACCAUUUGGCGGGUUUGGGUCUGUACGGGUUCCUCGGACUUCCGACGCAACAUACUCGACCGGCGGGAGCACUAAUACUACCUAUGUGUCUCCUUCCUCUAUCAUCACCGAUGGUCUUCGCUCCAAUCCUCCCACCGAGAACGACAGGAAGCUUUCCCGUGCUAUUUCCGCACCGGUGCGCAACCCAGCACGUCGGGUGAUGAUCCGGCCCACAGACCUGAUCAUCAAUAAGGGAGCCCACGACCACAAGCUGUUCCGCGAGAGUAUCGUCAGCACCCCCUACCCGGCAAGACACAGCAGUAUCGGAGAACUUGAUGAGAUUGCCGGUCCCCGAACCCAAGGAACGGGAAACAAGACGACGCCCAAGCUGAAGCGAGCGAGGCCACUUUCUCACCACACCGAAAAGUCGGCGGAACAAGACGCCGAGAGCGAGACCAACGACAACAGCACUUCUGUGCAGGACUCCCAGGAUGACGAGAAAAGGGACAUCGCCCCCGACAUCCCAUUCUCCACCAAGCCGACCCUCCUCUCGCCCACUCCCGUGCCGGCGCCCACGGCCAAAUCUGACCGCUUCCCGUCCCCGUCUGCCCCUGAGAUCCUGUUCCUGGAUCUGCGUCUGGCCCGCCACCCGUCCGCCCGCGUGACUGUGGAGGUGGAGGUGUCUGAAAAGGCGACCUUUGACGACGAGCAGCUGUUCACGCUCGUGCGGGACAGCUACGUGACGAAGCUGAUGGGGUGGGGGAGACGGUGGUUCUGCGCAAGGACGUUGGAGGGUGCUAGCACCGGGAUCAUGCAGCCUUGCACCGGAGCGGCGUUCUGGCACGGUCUGCAGCAUAACGGAGCCGAAUUUGACGGCGCAGAUUUUGUCCGGCAUCUGCUCAACCCUCGCGUUGGCCGGCGGCGGAAGAUGUGGCUGCUCUGGCUCCGCAACAACCAAUCCCUCGGCUCACAUGGCACCAGCAACAGCAUCAACAACGGCAAUGCCAACGAUCUAGCACGUCGCGGCCGUAGCCGCAGGUCCUACUUGCCCCAGCAGCAAAGCGGCUACGCGCAGGGAUAUGGCUACGGCUACAGUCCUCAAGGUGACGCCACUGCGACAAGCCCGGUCUUCUCGUUCGUGCAUUCGCGGAACAACAGUGACGGUGUGGUGGGCCCUAACGAGUUGUCGCCGAUCAGCCAGGCACACGGUCUCAACAGCGUCGUCGGCACAGUAGGAGGCACAGGGCUGACCGCAAAACAACCCUCGUUGUCUCUACCGCGAAUGCCCUUCCAACCCCCUUCGUCUGCGAUGUCGUUCCACCGGACCCAAUCCCUCGCGGCCCUGACCUCAUCUCACAUCCCCUUCUCUUCCUCUUCUUCCUCCUCCGCUUCCUCUCCGUCUGCCACCAAUCCUCACACAUCGUGCCUUCUCCAACGACAAGAGAAACAACACCAAGGCCCACCCACAAUCCACCUGCACCACACCUUCUCCCUCCUCUCGAUCUUGCUCUUCACGCUCGUCGUCCUGUUGCUGGCCUGCCUCACUGCCACAUUCUGGGUUCUUUUUGGGUACCCCGGCCGCAGCGCCGCGGACGGCAACGGCGAAACCACGGUGGCGGGCCAAGAGUACACGCUGAGCUGGCGCCGCGACGCCCAGAGCCGCGUCGGCGUCGGGCUCGUCUUGUGCGUCGUCGUCCUCCUGCUCGGCCUGGGCAGCGAGGUCGGUUGGAUCUGGGCGAGUUGGGUUCUUGUCUAG